AUGAGUAUUUUAUUAUUUAUUAUUUCAAUUUUAAUUAUUUUAAUUUCUAAUAUCAUAAUAUUUUUAACAAUUAUCAUAUCAAAAAAAUCAUUUAUAGACCGUGAAAAAAACUCCCCAUUUGAAUGUGGAUUUGACCCUAAAUCUUCAGCUCGAAUCCCAUUCUCACUACAUUUUUUCUUAAUCACAGUAAUUUUUUUAAUUUUUGAUGUAGAAAUCGCUUUAAUUUUCCCUAUAAUUUAUUCUUUUAAAUUAGUAAAUUUUUUUUCUAUAAUAAAAAUUAGAUUUUUCUUUUUAUUAAUACUUUUAUUAGGUCUUUACCAUGAAUGAAAUCAAAAUAUAUUAAAUUGAACAAACUAGGAUUAUAGUUUAUAAAAAACAUUUGAUUUGCAUUCAAAAAAUAUUGAUUCCAAUUUAUCUUAAAUAUGAAGCAAUAUUAUGCAUUUAAUUUCGACUUAAAAGAAAGAGUAUUCUACUCCAUAUUU